AUGAACGCGGUUCAUGAGAUCGUGCCAGCAUCAGCAGACAUCGAAGGUCUUGCACAAGAGCUCGUCGCCUGCACACCCCAGCAAGUGUUCACAGACAUUGACCCGGAUGGGAGUGUCAUCUCGCGUGCAGUACAAGAGCACUUGCAUCGUAGUGAGGAUAAUGACUUGGCCUUGGAGCACCGUACACGGCAGCUGCUGCACUAUACUCACAAUCUCGUACGCGACACACAGGCUGAGACGGGGGCAAACCCUAAGCAGCUUGUAGAUGCUAAGAUGCAUGCUCAGCACAAACCAUUCGGCGGGCUAUUACAAAGAGCUCUUCAAGGGUCCCAUGAUCAUCAAGCCACCAUGCAAAACGCUCAUGCAGCUCGGACGGAACUAUUCUGUGCGACCGUCUGA